GAAUUGGUGUUUGGUGGCACCUGGGAUGGCUGAAGCGGCGGCUAUUGCGGCCGAAUCCCUCGCGGGCAGUAAGGCCCGGGCGGCGCGCACAGUGUUAGGUCAGGUGGUGCUCCCGGGUGAGGAGCUGCUGCUGCCGGAGCAGGAGGACGCAGAAGGCCCUGGCGGUGCUGGGGAACGACUGCUGCGCCUAAACCCCGGGGCGCGUUCGCGGGUGCGCGUAGUGUGCGGCCCGGGCUUGCGGCGCUCCGGGGACCGUCUGCUGGUCACCAAGUGCGGCCGCCUACGUCACAAGGAGCCCGGCGGCGGUGGCGGCGGCGGCGGCGUUUACUGGGUGGACUCACAGCAGAAGCGGUAUGUCCCAGUGAAAGGAGACCAUGUGAUUGGCAUAGUGACAGCUAAAUCUGGAGAUAUAUUCAAAGUUGACGUUGGAGGGAGUGAGCCAGCUUCUUUAUCUUACUUGGCAUUUGAAGGUGCAACUAAAAGAAACAGACCAAACGUGCAGGUUGGAGAUCUCAUCUAUGGCCAGUUUCUGGUUGCUAAUAAAGAUAUGGAACCAGAGAUGGUCUGUAUUGACAGCUGUGGACGAGCCAAUGGAAUGGGCGUGAUUGGACAGGACGGUCUGCUUUUUAAAGUGACUUUGGGCUUAAUUAGAAAGCUUCUAGCUCCGGACUGUGAAAUCAUACAGGAAGUGGGAAAACUCUAUCCACUGGAGAUAGUAUUUGGAAUGAACGGAAGAAUAUGGGUUAAGGCAAAAACAAUUCAGCAGACUUUAAUUUUGGCAAACAUUUUGGAAGCUUGUGAACACAUGACAACAGAUCAAAGAAAACAAAUCUUCUCUAGAUUGGCAGAAAGCUGACAGAUACGGAUGUUAUAUGAGUCGUUUGAGCCAAGGGACUAUGGGUUUCCUGGGAAAAUUUUUUUCAGGCGAACCUCUCCCCACCAUAUCUUCAGAAGGCAACAUGAUUAUACAUAUUGUGUGAUUAGAAUUCUAAAAUACUUUUUUAUAAAAAAGUUACUGGUUGUUACACAUGCUGUUGUGAGAAAAUCAUUAUAAAAUAAUGAUGCUUUUUUCUUUACAAUAAAUUUAUUAAAAAGUUA